AUGGGCUACGUGGGGACGACCGGGGACGACGAUCAAUACCGGGUGCCGCUGAUAGCGAAGCUGCUGCACGCCCUGCCCCACUACAACAUCACCUUCCACCGCAUCAACAACACAUUUCGCCCAUCAAACGAUGUCUAUCUGGAGAGUCUCGGCAUCCUCGGGUCGAUACCGGCGGCGCUGCUGAUUGUGUCGCUGUUCGGCCUGCUGCUGUACUUGCUGACACGCUGCUGCGACCGUAAGCCGCGGCCGGCCCAUUCCAUCACCAGCCUCAAGGUAACGCUGUCGAUCGUGACCGUCCUGUGCUGUGCGGCGAUCGGGCUCGGUCUCUACGGCAACGAUGAUCUGCACAACGGGCUGCUCGAUGUGCUGCAGGCCGGGCGGAAGGUGGACGGGGUCGUCUCCUCCGUGCGCAACCAGACGUUCAUCCUCGAGAACACGCUGACGAUGAAGAUCCAGCAGCAGCUGACCGAGCUGGAGGACAUCUUCGACCAGAAGACGAACAACCAGACCGCGCUGAAUCAGCUGCAGCAGGCGCUGCUGACGGCGAAGGGCAACAUCACGAUCGCCAAGAACGCGGCCAACGAUAUCCGCCGGCCGCUGGUCGGCCUCACAAUAACAGACUUCCUUUCGAAGGGAGACCAAUGGGAGUUGAUCCGCUGGCCGGGAACGGUCGCCAUACUGGCGCUGCUGCUAGUGCUGUGCGCGGUGCUGCUGGUGGGCGUCGCUCGCCACUCGCGCUGCGCCCUCAUCCUGUUCAGUGUGUGCGGUCUGCUGGCCGUGACCGGGUCGUGGCUCAUGUCCGGCCUGUACCUCUCGACGUCGGUCGCCGUCGGCGACCUGUGCAACGAUCCGGCCGACUUCCUGGUGCACCAGUCGCCGCACGAGCUGCCGGCCGACAUCCUGCUCUACUACACCCAGUGCGACAUCUCGCGCUCGAACCCAUUCACCCAGCGACUGCGGGAGUCUCAGAACGCGAUCAACAACGCCCGGAACGCGAUGAGCAUUGUCUCUAAGAUCUCUCCGGUGCUGUUCAAGAACGCCGGCCUCGCCCCGAAGUUGGGCUCGGUCAAUGCGGAUAUCAAACUCUGCGAGCGGCUGCUUACCGGUCUGACGGCGCUGGUCGACUGCCGGGCGGUACACUCCAGCUAUCUGGUGGCAACGCGAGGCCUGUGCGAAUGUGGCCUGCUCGGGCUGGUGCUCAUGCUGAUCGCCAGCUUCAUGGCGGCCAUACUGCUCACCAUCAUGGUCUGGGUCGACUCGCACACAUGGAUAUACAUUCGCAAGAGGAAUGACUACGCACAAGUGGAAGAGCAAUCGUACGUGUCGCAUCAGCUACAUCCGCAGAGUCACCAGAACAUGAACACCCGCACACUACCGCAUCAUCCGAAAGGUCCUCCGGUAAUAAGUGGCUCGCAUACGAUUGCACAUCCGGGACGUAAUGCGAAGCACGAGCUUACGCAGGCACAGCAAGCCCAGCAGCAGCUGCACCACCAGCAGGCCCAUGCCCAGGCCCAGCAGGCUCAGGCACAGGCGCAGGCACACAUGAUGCAUCACCAUCAGGCGAUGAUGCGGGCCGGCGGUACGCACACUCUCGGCCGCCUGCCGUCGCACAGCAGCCCGACGCACCUGCACGGCCCCAACAACGGCAAGUACGCCACCCUCAGUAAGCACUGCAAGACGCUCGACGCGAACGACUUCUACUGA